AUGUCCGGGUCGGUGCGCGAUCAAGGUCGUCGGCGUCGCAGCCAGACCUACGCCGGCCACAAGGGUGCUCGCUCUUCCAAGCUGUCCCUCCUUACUGCGAUCACCACCGGAUCCCAUGGGUCCACCGAUAGUUCAUCUACCGUCACGCAAGAAUCCUUCUCCAAAUCAACCACAAGGUCGAGUAAACGAAGUAGAUCAUCCUCCAAGCAGAAAAAGCUGAGCGACGGUCGAGAGAGAAAGGCCUCGCCGGUGAAGACCGACCCAGAGAAUGCCACCAAGGAGAAAAGUAUGUCCAGAGAAUCAGUAGACGUCUUCGCCUUUCUUGUCAAGGACGACGAGCAAACCGCCGCCGCUCCGGAUGCCCAAAAGGCGCCUCAAGAUGAGAAGAACACUGCUGUGUCCGACGAGUCUGAUAGUGAUAGCAUCGUGCCGAGCAUGCAUUCAGACUCAGGGAUAUCAAUGGGCGAUAGCAUUAUCCACCCCACCAAUGAUCCUUUCGUUGACACCCACUUACCUCCUUUGCUGGAGGAUGUCAAGGAACAAGAAGAGAACCAUAAACCACGCGCGGUCGAACCCAAUCGUUCGCAACGGUUACGAUGGAAAUAUCCAGAGGUGCCUCCGGCCACCCAUACCCCUCCUGUACCGAAUCUGGUUGAGAGGACGCCGAGCCCUCCGCAUGUUCGCGCACGCAUGUCACAUAUGCCUGACGGAUGCGACAAAGAGUUUUGCUUAACACGAAAUACCUUGUCCGGAUAUGAUCUCAUUGCGGAUAGACUGGCGUCCGGGGAGCUUCCGCCAGUAUUUCGGAGUUUUAAGAAGAUAUAUUUUCGGCUGCUUUUACAAUUACAGGACGAAAUCAUCGAGAUGGAAGAACAGCUGGCCGCUCUGGAUUCGGUCGAUAGCCGCAGCCGGCUCAACCCGGACGGCAGCAUGUCGCCGGCCUCGAGGAGACUGAGCUGGCAAUGGAAUCAGUCAGAUCUGCCGGCACAUCGGUUACAUGUCUUGGGACGGUUGUCGAUGAAGCUUGAACAAUACUAUCAAGUUCUUUCAGCCUCCCAAAGAGUCCGCAUGCUUUCCUCAUCUCCAACUGCAACUGAAAUUGCCCAAUUUCGGACGUGGUUACGGGAACACAGGCCCCUCUCGCUCCCAGAGUCCAAGUUCCUAGACGACAAUGAGGAUUUGAUAUCAUUAAAGGAGACUCCCUCGUCCACGUCAACGCAUUCGGCCGGCCCAGCUUUAGAAUACGUCCCUAUUUGCAUUCUCACGAUGACGCUCAUACCACUAUUAUGCUUUAAAUUCAUCACCGGCGUUCUGAACAGAUUGAUCCUUCUCACUAUUGUGCUGGCGGCUGGAUACAGCAGCUUAGAGAAGCUCGACAGGUCAAAAGUGGAACAACAUCAACAGUGGGUGAUUGCAUGUUUCGUUGUUUCGUUUCUGGCAGCCCUCUUCUUUUAG